AUGUGCUUCCACUCCCCAGGACGUGUGGAUUCCUCGCCCGCCCACCUGCUCCAGCUGGAUAUGGGCCAGUGUGCGGAUGCCAUGGCUGCUGCUGCCACUAUCCUGAAUGCCGCCGAGGAUGAGCAGCGCUAUGGCGGAGCGGAAGCGUCGCCGCAUUCUCAGGCACACCUCAAUGGACACACGGCCACGCUGAUCUUCCUGCUGAUUGUCCUUAGCAUGAUCCUGCUGGGUCUGCUGGUGGCACUUGUCUAUGUUAGCCGGGAUAAGUUGAAGUACAUGAUCACGCCGGUGUUUGACAAUGUGGCCAAGAAGGUGCAGUACACAUCGAUCAAGGACGAGGAUUGCCCGGAGGUGCAUGUCUAGGGAGAGUGCAGCAGGACUUCAUACACAGAAUCAUCCAGACAGAGGGGGAGAAGAGAGGCUAAGGGCACGGUUUCCGAUUGAAAUUAUAUUUAUACAAAGUACUUAAGACUAUAAUCCGACCAAGGAUCUAUAUAAUCCUUUCUUAUUUAAAACUAAAAAAGGCUUCAACUUAAUUUCAGUUAUGUAGCUAAAACGUAGCAAUGGUUAUUUGCCUUUUGAAAUACUUAAAUCAAACCGGAAGCCGCGCCCUUAAGCUUAGAUUCGAUUUUGCCAUUCGCGUUAUGCAAAACGUGUGCCAUUCACAGCGGUGGGGAAGGUAGAAGUGGAAAAGAGAAGAAAGAGGGAUAGUGGAAACAAUUGGAUCACAUACAAUUACUAAAGUCCCAAAACCCGAAUCAGGACUCCAGCCUCCUUGUUUCGUAGUACUUAAGCCAAUUGUUGCAUUUAAUAACUGAGAUGGAAUGCGACCAAACACACACCCUUACAGACAACACACAAUUUCGUUAGUUUUAGCUGUUUUCUAACCUAACCUUAAGUCAGUUAUGCGUUCUAUGAUUUCCACACAAAAGGAAUCAUACAAGGAGGGAGGACUAAAAAGAAGUCCUGUAAUAAACAC